AUUCAAAACAACCGUGAGCAACUCCAACUCUUUUGUCUGGAGGAUAAACAACCCAUAUGUGUGGUGUGUCAAAAUUUGAAAAAGCACAAGAGUCAUGACCACUGCCCAAUACAUGACAUUGCACAGUAUCGUAAGGUAGUUGAUAAUAUAGAACACUUCUUCAGAUGGUGAAAUUGAAUGUAUUUGAUAAUUCACUGUUUUACACCCAACUUCUAUGUUGUUUCAUUAAAGGAGGUUAAGACUGCACUGAAGCCCUUACAGGAGAAGCUGAAGGUCUUCAAUGACGUUAAACGGACUUGUGAUCAAACAGCAGAACACAUUAAAGAAAGAAUACAGAGUGAUCGCAGCCACAGUUCCACCCUGUGGUAUUAUGGAUGAUAAAAUGAUGAUUGGUGUUACUAUCAGACACAUUCUUAUUUGCUAUCUACAGAGCCAGGCUCAGCACACAGAGAGGCAGAUCAAGGAGGACUUUGAGAAGCUUCACCUGUACCUACAAGAGGAAGAGAAGGUCAGGAUAGCUGUACUAAGGGAGGAAGAGAAGCAGAAGAGUCAGAAGAUGAAGGAGAAGAUUGAAGAGAUGAGCAGAGAGAUAUCAUCACUUUCAGACACAAUCAGAGCCAUAGAAGAGGAGCUGGGAGCUGAAAGCAUCUCAUUCCUACAGGUAAGGACAACUGUACUUUUCAUAUUUUAUAGAGAGCAUUCUUCACCAGGUCUUUGUUCUAAGUUUGUUAUAACCAAAAUACUUGGUAUAAUAAGAGAUGGAUAGAAAUUGAUUUAGUUUAUCUGCAGCACUACAGGGCCACCUUGGAAAGGUAAGUGAUCUGCCUCCGGUCUCUCUUUUCUCAGUGGUUCUGUAUCCAACCCCACUGACUCCUUACUGUUCUUCCAGAACACACUGCACACAGCCGGACUGUGAGAGGGUUUCAGGACGACUGAUUGAUGUAGCAAAGCACCUGUGAAACCCACAGUAUAGAGUCUGGGAGAAGAUGCAGGGAACAAUUCAAUACAGUGAGUAUUAGAUACAAUUGGGAUAAAACGUUACCGCAACUAACAUUUUCCUAUUCAGAAAACAAGAAAUAUGCUUAGUGAAUGAAAUUUAGGCUGAAUAAUAAGAUUAUGUCCCUACCUCAAUUUUAAUUUCAUUAUGGUAUGUUUGUGUUGUCUCUGUUCAGCUCCAGUGUCUCUAGACCCCAACACUGCAAACCCACAUCUAAUAUUGUCUGAUGAUCUAACCACAGUGAUAAACAGUGAUGAGAUACUUCAACUUCCUGACAACCCAGAGAGAUUUGAUGACUAUACAAUGGUCCUGGUCUCUGAGGGCUUUAACUCAGGAACACACAGCUGGGACGUUGAGGUUGGGGACAGUACAGAAUGGAUCGUCGGUGUGAUCACAGAGUCUUGCCGGAGGAAGGGAGACAUCGGCAUGUGUAGAGGAUCCUGGGGUGUGGUUUUUAAUGGAUAGGUAUGUAACACAUGCUCUAAUGGUGCCACUUGUUCACAGACUCGAGCUCCUAACAGUGAGACAGAAACCCAAGAGGGUCAGAGUGCAGCUGGACUGGUACAGAGGAAUGCUGUCAUUCUCUGACCCAGAUAAUAACAUACAUUCACACACACUUUCACUGACAGAGUCUUUCCAUACAUCAGGAAUGGUUGUACUCUCCAUCCUCUGA